AAUAAGAUCAUGACCACUGUCCAUACUUAAUCAGCAUGGGACAGAGACAUGCUACCCCCAUCCUGAGGCUGGCGUUACACAAGGCAUUUUUGAGCAUCCCUCUGCUUUUGCAUACCGUUAUGCUUCAAAGAUAGUGUUAUCUCUGACGAAAUGGCAUUCAUCUGCAGCAAUCGAAGCACUGUUCAGUGCCCUUAAAGCAACCUGUCUCAGUUGAACCCAAAAAGGAAACAGGAAUUUCAGAAGAGACGUGAGAACAAGGGGGCACCUUAUGCUGCAGCCAGCUUCAGUAUUAAACACAUUUCGUAAGCAAGGAGCACAGCCAACCCUGUCACUACACUUUUAUAAAACUGGCCUCAGUCAGUCCUGACUGUGAUGUGUCUGUGUGACUUGCUCUCAAAGCUGCUGAAGAGAAUCUCUUGAAGAUUUUUGUGAAGUUCUUUAAAGGAGAGAUGGCACAAACUGGACUUAUGAUUUUUCUACUCAUAAGCAUAUUACUGCUGGAUCAGACCAUCAGCCAGGCUUCCAAAGUCAAAGCUAGGAAGCACAGCAAACGUAGAGUGAAAGAAAAAGAUGACCUCAAGACCCAGAUUGACAAGUUGUGGCGAGAAGUAAAUGCUCUCAAAGAAAUGCAAGCACUUCAAUCAGUCUGUCUUCGAGGGACAAAGGCCCAUAAGAAGUGCUACCUCAUAUCAGAAGGCACCAAGCAUUUUCAUGAAGCCAAUGAAGACUGCAUAGCCAAGGGAGGGACACUGGCUAUCCCAAGGAAUAGCGAUGAAACAAAUACUCUCCGAGACUAUGGCAAGAACAGUAUGCCUGGAGGGUCUGAGUUCUGGCUAGGUGUCAAUGACAUGGUAAAUGAAGGGAAGUUUGUUGAUGUUAAUGGCAUGGCUCUACAGUACUUCAAUUGGGAUCAUGCCCAGCCAAACGGGGGGAAGCGUGAAAAUUGUGUCUUCUCUUCAACACAAGGCAAGUGGGUGGAUGAGGUCUGCCGUACUGCCAAAAGAUAUAUUUGUGAAUUUCUGAUCCCAUAAUUCCAUACACAAGUGAUCAUGACCGUAUUUUGGGUUAUUAACAUGCCAUCUUUUCUUGUUAGCAGCCCCUCCCACUUAGACAGUGGUGAGUUAAAAAUAUCCAUCUGUUGCAUUAUAUUCGCUCUUUCCUGAAACAGAAUUUUUCUUCAUUAAUUUAUUUUCUACUCAGAUGCUUAAAAUGUUAUGUGUAGUGAGUGCUCUCAUCAUGUACAGGAAUACAUGCUAUGUUUUGACCUAUAUUGCAUCGUAUUUUGCCAUAUUCUUUCAGCCUGAUGUUCAGGUUACUGGGGUUCACCUUCAUUUCUGCACAUCUUCAUGGUAGAAAGGUUUUUACUUGAUCUCACAUCUCUAGUGAAUUUAUUGAAAGUAUACAAGAAGGUUGCUGUGUGGAGACACGUUCUAACAGAAGAUGUAGGGCUCUUCUCUGUUCCAGUGCUUAAGGAAGAUAUUGGGGUUUAUCCUGGGAAAACGGCCAUCCUCCUUACAGAGUGUAACAGGAUGGAUUUGUGACCAAGACUUUUACCUAUGAGAUAGGAAAGAUAAAAAGGAAAAUCUGAUGAUAAUUUUUAAAGCACACAGAGUUAAAUAAGAUACACUGCUACAAAAUGGGGGAAGUAGCUAUUAUAAAUAUCAGGUCUAAGCAUGGUUGUUUCUAAAUGUCUCAAUUAUGGUUAAAUAUUAGAUAUCACUUGGAGCAUUCCUGUAGAAGAAACCAACCUGGGACUUGAUCAUGGUGCUAGCAUGUAAUCCCUUAGAAAGAUGUGCAAAUGCCUCUCCUGCUGGAUCAGAAUGAGGCUUUAUUAUUCAGGCAUGAAUGGAGAGGAAGGGUUCCCUCUCAGGCACAACAUACCCCCUCAAUCUCCUCUCUCCAUAUUGUGCGUAGCAUGCCUUGCUGGCACAGAUGAGUGGGGCCAAACCAUCACUCACUGAGCCAUGUGCAGAUUUUUCCAUUUGAUACCCAACAUUUGAGCUAGCUAUUUUUUGCUAUUCUUAACAUCACAAUACAUAUUUGCCUUCAUGUUAUAAACUGCAG